UCCAACCCACAAUCUCUAAUUAACCUCAGAUAUUCUCAGGUAUGAUGGGAAGGUCUCCUUGUUGCGAUGAGAGCGGUUUAAAGAAAGGACCAUGGACGCCGGAGGAAGAUCAGAUGCUGAUAGAAUUCAUUCAGAAAAAUGGCCACGGAAGCUGGAGGGCACUCCCCAGUCUUGCAGGAUUGAACAGAUGUGGGAAAAGUUGCAGACUGAGGUGGACUAACUAUCUGAGGCCCGAUAUCAAGAGAGGAAAGUUCUCUGAUGAGGAAGAGAAAAUCAUCAUCGACCUUCAUUCAGUUCUUGGAAACAAGUGGUCUGCGAUCGCAAGCCAUCUUCCAGGAAGGACAGACAACGAAAUCAAGAAUUUCUGGAACACCCAUCUGAGAAAGAAACUUCUCAACAUGGGUAUUGACCCUGUAACACACAGGCCAAGAACCGAUCUCAAUCUCUUAGCAAAUCUACCUCAGUUGCUCGCUAUCACUAGCCUUAACAAUCUGAUGCACCCUUUGGACGCUCUCAGGCUGCAGGCAGAGGCCGCACAACUAGCCAGAAACCAAUUGUUACAGAAUCUACUGCAGGCCGUUAAUGGAAGCACCCCUCCAAAUCUGGGUGCAGUACUUAAUCUCCAGGGAUCAUCAUCUCCCAAUCAGGGUUACAACCCCGCCGAAUACCCACAACCCAACACCCAAUUGGAAGGGCUGGUGAAUAAUAACCUACAAGCUCAAGCACUUCCGACUGCUAACCCUCUUGCUCCUGCUCUUCACCAUGCUCAUCAAAUGUCUACCAACUUUGCGAAUUCGGGAGUGAUCCAACAACCAUCUAACGAUGGCCUGAUCCCUGAAAACUCUGCUUACUUUGGUGGAGUCUGCUCAACGUUGAUUAACAAUGAAUAUGUUAAUAAUAUCAGUAAUAACAACUUGAACAGCUCAGAUGGAAUAGAACAAAUGCCUCCAUUGGUUUCAGCCUCUCCUGAAAUGGAAGAAAUGAAGCCCCACACUAACAUAUGCGACCCGCCAUCCACCUCAACCACCUUUGACACUUGGGGAGAACUCAACCUGGACGAUGAUGGCAGUGAUUACUGGGGAGAUAUGCUGGAAUAAGCUAACAUGGCUAGAGCUAUGUCAAUAAAAAAAAUAAUAUCGCUCUGCAGCCAAUCAUCUUCACCGGCUUGGUCCAUCUAAUUACAGAAUGCGCUAUCUUAGAUAGAGAUUGUUCCAUAAAAGAGUAAUAGGAGAGUUCUCUCAUGGUUUCUUUUAUUUUAUUAAUUAAUUUUUAGAGAUUGGUAUAUUUAUUUUUACAGAAAGACUGUAUUCUUUUGUACUGGUUUCUUUGUUUCUCUCUUCUCUCUCCUCUCUGAAUUGAUACUAAUUAAUUCUCAUUUGUGUAAUAAUAAAGUUACUACAAUCU